GGGACUGAUGGACGUGUCAGAACUCUGCAUCCCGGACCCCCUCGGCUACCACAACCAGCUGCUCAACAGAAUGUCCGCGGACGACCGGCACCUGGGCUCCAGCUGCGGCUCCUUCAUCAAGACAGAGCCGUCCAGCCCGUCCUCGGGCAUCGACGCCCUCAGCCACCACAGCCCCAGCGGCUCGUCCGACGCCAGCGGGGGCUUCGGCCUGGCCCUGGGCACCCACGCCAAUGGUCUGGACUCGCCGCCCAUGUUCGCAGGCACCGGGCUGGGCGGCACCCCGUGCCGCAAGAGCUACGAGGACUGUGCCGGCGGCCUCAUGGAUGACUCGGCCAUCAAGUGCGAGUACAUGCUCAACGCCAUCCCCAAGCGCCUGUGCCUCGUGUGUGGGGACAUCGCGUCAGGCUACCACUACGGCGUGGCCUCCUGCGAAGCCUGCAAGGCCUUCUUCAAGAGGACCAUCCAAGGAAACAUCGAGUACAGCUGCCCGGCCACCAACGAGUGUGAGAUCACGAAACGGAGGCGCAAGUCCUGCCAGGCCUGCCGCUUCAUGAAAUGCCUCAAAGUGGGGAUGCUGAAGGAAGGUGUGCGCCUUGACCGAGUGCGUGGAGGCCGGCAGAAAUACAAGCGACGGCUGGACUCUGAGAGCAGCCCCUACCUGAGCUUACAGAUUUCUCCACCCGCUAAAAAGCCAUUGACCAAGAUUGUCUCCUACCUGCUGGUGGCUGAGCCAGACAAGCUCUACGCUAUGCCUCCCCCUGGCAUGCCCGAGGGUGACAUCAAGGCCCUGACCACUCUUUGUGACCUGGCAGACAGGGAGCUCGUGGUCAUCAUCGGAUGGGCCAAGCACAUCCCAGGCUUCUCGAACCUCUCGCUUGGGGACCAGAUGAGCCUGCUGCAGAGCGCCUGGAUGGAGAUCCUGAUCCUGGGCAUCGUGUACCGCUCGCUGCCCUAUGAUGACAAGCUGGUGUAUGCCGAGGACUACAUCAUGGACGAGGAGCACUCCCGCCUCGCGGGGCUGCUGGAGCUCUACCGGGCCAUCCUGCAGCUCGUGCGCAGGUACAAGAAGCUCAAGGUGGAGAAGGAGGAGUUUGUGACACUCAAGGCCCUGGCUCUGGCCAACUCAGAUUCCAUGUACAUCGAGGACGCGGAGGCGGUGCAGAAGCUGCAGGACCUGCUGCACGAGGCUCUGCAGGACUACGAGCUGGGCCAGCGCCACGAGGAGCCGCGGAGGACGGGCAAGCUGCUGCUGACGCUGCCUCUGCUGCGGCAGACGGCCGCCAAGGCCGUGCAGCACUUUUACAGCAUCAAGCUGCAGGGCAAGGUGCCCAUGCACAAACUCUUCCUGGAGAUGCUGGAGGCCAAGGUCUGAGGGCCCGGCACAUGGACCGACUCCCACCCGCGCACAACCCACCGACCGACGCGGAGACCUCCACAGCCACCAGCCUCAACCUUCAAGCCCUGUAUCAUGGCCACGAGCAGCCCCAGAGGAGGGGGUGUCUCACCGCCCGGCCACGUGCAGAGUCCCGGGUGCAGUGGGGCUGGGGAACGGGGAUGGGAGGGCAGGGCGUGGGCUCAUCUGUAACUGGCUUUUUUCUUUGGUAUGAUUUUCCUUCUCUGUGGGCAGUGCUAGGGCCUGGGCCAGGGCUGACUCCCCUGAGACUGGAGACCAUUGAGGAAGCCCCGCUUUCCCACCAAACCACCAGGAGACAGCAGUGCAUAUCCUAACCCCACCCCGCACCCUGCCCCGGCACCGUCCUCCCCACCCCGUGGACUGGGCGGCCAGCGCUCUGCGCCUGGGACUCCACCAGCCCAGGUUCGGUGCUGCCUGGAAGUUCUCCCUUCCCCGAGGCCAGGUGCUUUCUUCCAGAGGCUCUACCUACUCUGAGGUUCUUUGGGGCUACCUUCUUCGGUCCAGACAGCUCCCACCCUCCAUCCUUCCUCUCAGUUGGGCACACACUCCGCUCCCAUUAGGGACUCACCAUCGAGAGAGCAGCCUGCCAGAGCGUGUGCAUUUCCUUGGCCUAAUGCGCCCCCACCUGCCUGUCCCCGCUGCACCAGGGCCCACCUGCUUGCCGGGAAGUCCCUGCUGCUCCCUGUCCCUACCUCAGCAUGCCCCCAGUGGGUUCAGCCAGCUCCAGCGACUGCAGGGUCCCCAGCUGGGCACAGCACCCCACUGGCCACACUCCCUAGGGCUCCCGCUGCUUCUGGCUUCUUCUCCCCUCCCCGCUGUCAGCCUUCAGGGCAGGUCUGGAGCAGGCGGGCCUGUGGGAAGUCAGGGAGUGCAGGGGCCUGGCCCCAUCUGAGGGCACCUGGGCACUAAAUCCAGGCUGACAGUCCUGGGAGGAUCGGGGCAAGAUGGGGAAAGGUUUGAACCAAUCUUUGCUGAGCACAGAAAGGCCUAGCAGCAAGAUAAGCAGGCAGGGGGUCCCCAAAGUCAGGGAGCUGGGAGGUGGUUGCCAGCCUACUUGCUCUGUCCUGGCUCCUGGGGGCAGAGGACGCCAGGAUACCCUGUUUCCUGCAUUCCAAAGGGUUGGGCAAAUCAGUGCUGUAGGAGGGUCACCCCUAUCACCCUGGACUAAGGAGUUGGGACCUAGCUCCCUGGCUACAUGGAGAAGGCCUGACUCUCUGGCAGGACCCCCCAGUCUUCCUGGCUGCAGUGUAAGGUGACCAACCACCCUGGUUUGCCCAGGAUAUUCCUGGUUUUAGCAGUGAAGACUAUGUCCUGGGAAACCCUUCAGCCCCAGGCAAAUGGGGACAGCUGUCACCUGAUUUCUGUGAGUGGCCUCAAAAGUCAGUUGUAACCCACUCAGGGCAGCCCUGUGCCCCUCACGGGCUGCACACGGGUUAGCCAUCAGCUGCUCAGAGGACCCCCUGGGGAUGGAGUGAUGGGAAAAGCUUCUUCUAAGCAGCUGCCAUGUGAAGCAGGUGUCAGGGCGACCCUAGCUGGGACACCUCU